AAAUGUAAAAAAAAAUUUGGGGCACGUCUCUAGUAACAGCAUGCUGUUCAGUGUGUAAGAACAGAAAUAUAUCCUGAACCUGUUAAGCAAGAAGAGAGGAAUGGAAUUAGAAAACUAGCUGCUAAGAUUCAGAGAAGUUCUUCUUCAUCCAAGAGAAGACUAGUAAUAACAUCUCCGAAGAAGCCAGAAUAGUCCUGCAGGAGGCCCAUGAUGACAGUGAUCAUCAGGGAAUGACAAGGACCCAGUCCAAAAUCAGAAAAUAUUAUUACUGGCUGUCUAUAACAGAAGACAUUGCUGAAUGGAUAAGGAGCUGUCCAAAAUGCCAGUUCCUCAAAAAAAUAAAGACUUAGGCAUCUGAACUUCAUUCCAUUAAAGUUGAUGGGAGAUGGGAGGCAAUUGAUAUUGACCUGAUGGGUCCCUUUAAAGAGACACCACAAAAAAAUAAGUAUAUCAUCACUACGACAGACUUCUUUACCAAGUGGGUAGUAGCAUUUCCUCUAAAGGACAAGUCUGCACCCAACAUAACAACAGCCAUAGUCGACAUGAUGUACACGCAUGGUCCUUGUCUCAAGAUAAUUACAGACCAAAGAAGGGAAUCUAUUAAUGAAGUAAAUAAAACAAGCCACUGUCUAUGUCUCUCUAAUGACUGAUCAUCUUCUGAAUCGGGCCUUGGUGGGAGAUAGGCCCUUGCUUCAUACAUCAGUGGGCAUGCAGUCUCUCCUGGCACUAUAGCGGCGUGUGUGUCUGCCUGGCUAUAUGGGGCCAGACUGCUUGGAGGAGUGUGCUCCGGGGAAGUGGGGAACCAGUUGCCUGCACAAGUGUCAUUGUGCCAACAGGGACGCAUGCCACCCUGCCGACGGGCGUGUGCAUCAAGGACUCUCAUCCGUGAUUCACAGGACCUGACUGUGACAAGCGCUGCAAGGCAUGUCACUACGGACCAGGCUGCCUGUAUGUGUGGCAGCAUGUGGCCCUGCGACCCCAUCACUGGGGAAUGCCUCUGUCCCACAGGCACCCACGGCCCCAGCUGCCUCCAGUUGUGUGCCCCUGGACGGUGGGGGGAGGGGUGCCUGCAGGAGUGCCAGUGUGAGAACGGUGCCUCUUGUGAUUGCGUCAGCGGGAAGUGCCACUGCCUGCCGGGAUAUGUCGGCCCGGUGUGCAAGACCAAGUGUCCCUCAGGAAGAUUCGGUGUGGGUUGCUGCGACACCAGCAGCUGCCUCAAUGGCGCCACCUGCCACCACAUCACUGGCAGGUGCGAAUGCAUGCCAGGCUUCACAGGACCAUGCUGCAGUCAGCCCUGUCCGCUGGGAUGCUUCGGACAGGACUGUGUCCACACGUGUGACUGUAACAGCAGCCGCUGCAACUGAGUGACGGGCGAGUGCAUGUGUACCUCCGGCUGGCGAGGACCUCAGUGCCAGCUCCAUGAGUGUCUGUGUUGGCCUGUCCUGGCUGGGCUGUGGUGCCUUACAUACUCGGGAUAGGGCCUCCGGUAACACAUGUUCUCGUCAGCAGCAUGCGACACAGGGCGGUACGGGGCUGGUUGUGCCAUGAACUACAGCUGCACCAAUGAUGCUGAGUGUGACAUCUCCAGUGCCUGCAUGUGCCAGCCAGGCUGGCUUGGCACCUUCUGUUCCUGGCCAUGUCCUGAGGGUUACUGGGGGCCAGAGUGCCGUCACCAGUGUGGCUGUGGAACUGGCGCCACUUGUGACCCUGCAACAGGUGCCUGCCUGUGCCCUCCCGACAAGUAUGGCCUCCACUGCUCCAAAGAUAAGUCUUUCAGUUUCUCCGUUUCACGGUCCUUUAAUUUUAGUAGAGACUGUGAGCUGAUUUACAAGUUUUUUUCAACAACAUCGUGAAGCUAAGGCUACGCGUAUUAUCAUCUAAUCAUUUUCCCCAUAAGUGUGCCCGAUUGACUGAU